AUGAAAGAGAUUGCCCUCUAUGCUCUGCUUAACGGGAUACAAUUUACAGCUAAUCUUCAUGGGCUUGAAAAGGCUACCAUAAAAGCAUGGAUUCGCGAUUUAGAUUUUGACAGAGACCCUUUUUUCGUUAAAUUAAGAAACCUUGUAAUUAAAACUGCUAAAAAAAUCGGGAUAGAAAGGACUUGCACACUCUUUGAAUUCCCUCGGCGAACUCUUGAAAUAUUGAUGCAGGAGUUUGGAGAUGAAGAAGUAGCAGUUGAGCUUCCAGCAAAAAGAAGCAAACCUAGUAAUGGUGACGGUAAAGAAGCUAAAAUGAGAGCAUUAAAAAUGCAUAUAAAAGGGAAAUCUACUACAGAAAUAUCAUUAGCUUUACAAAUAGGACAAGAAAAAAUCACAAAGUGGGUAGAGUUUUAUGAGGCUAAGAAAAGAGAAAAGAAAAUUGCAAAGAAAGAAGAAGCCCCUGUAAAUGUGACUGUCAUCAGUAGUGAUUCUGAUAUCGAUAGAAAGCCAAAAGUUGAAGAAAUAAUUAAAAAAGUUCCUGAUCUGGGUGAGAGGAUUUAAACAUAUAUUUGGAGAUUUAUGUUGUAUUAUAUUCUUAUGAUGGUUAUAUAUCUAUUAGAGCUUUUCAAGCAUCAUUUGUUAGCCUUGCUAAUUUUUAUAGAAAUAGAGAACCGAUGAAAUAUAGUAUGAUAAAUCACUAUUUAAGUGAAUAUAAUUUAUUUACUGUAAAUUGAAAGAAAGUGCAAGCACAAAUUUGAACCUUCUGAUCCAGUAAACUUGGAAGAAAUCCAAGAAAUUGACCCAUUCGAUUUAAUGUUUGAGGAAAGUAUAAAACAGCCAUAA